UUCCAAACUGAAACAUAGCCUUCUCCACAAAAAAACCCUUAAACCCCGAAGAAUUCGCCGCCACGGAACUCAGACACACAACUCAACUCAACCCAACCGUAGCCAUAGCAACAAAACCAUGUUUCCUUCGAUGUUCAUGUUCUGUCAAAUUUGAAUUCCAAUUCCGACUGAUUCUACCUAUACCCAAUGUUGACCCUCUCCAAGUUGAAGAAAUCAUUCAACACCCCAUGCUUCUGCGGAUUCCGCAGAAUCCACAACAAUUCAUCUGAUCAACCAGGUCUUCGUUUCUGCAUCUGGGUCGCUCUCAAAUUCGACACUCUCACCAGCAAGCCCUAUUACUUGGUUAGUCGCAUCCUUAUUCGUAAGAACUGGCAUUCCAUUUACUGGGAAGCGCUUGAGCUUCUCAAGAAAAAAGGGGUUUUAGUCACUUCAGAUUCCGUUAGAGCUUUAGUUAGGUCUUAUUCUUAUUCGGGUCAUACCGAAAAAGCUAUAGAGUCAUUUGGUAAAAUGCGCGAAUUUGGUGUCAUUCCUGAUGCUCAUAUGUAUAACACAGUUUUGAGAGAUGUGUUGAAGGAAAAGUUAUUUGUGCUUGCUUUUGCUUUGUAUAAUACCAUGCUUAAGUCCAAUGUUGAUCCUAAUGACUAUACUUAUAACAUGUUGAUUGAUGGGUUUUGUAAAAGUGGUAACAUUAAGGGUGCACGUGAGAUGCUUGAUGAAAUGCAGAAGGUUAGUAUUGUUCCUAGUGUUGUAUCGACUACUUCUAUUCUUUAUGGUUUGUGUCAGGCGAAUAAUGUAGAUGAGGCGCUUAUGUUGUUUAAUGUUAUGAAAGAAAAAGAGUGCCCGCCGGAUAUGAUUUCUUGUAAUGUUGUGCUGAAUGGGUUUUGUAAGAUGGGGAGGUUAGAGGAAGCGCUUUCUUUUGUAUGGUUGAUAAAGAGAGACGGUUUCUUGCUUAAUCAAAAUAGCUAUAGUUCUCUUAUUAAUGCGUUAUUUAGGGCUAGGAGAUAUAGUGAAGCACAUGCGUGGUAUACGAGGAUGUUUAAGGAGGGCUUUGCACCUGAUGUUGUUUUGUAUGCCAUUAUGAUACGUGGUUUGUCGGAGGAGGGCAGAGUUGGUGAAGCUGCUAGGAUGUUAGAUGAGAUGACUAAGAUAGGUUUAACUCCUGAUGCUUAUUGCUACAAUGCCAUUAUUAAAGGUUUGUGUGAUACGGGUCUUUUGGAUCGAGCGCAGUCUCUUUGUCUUGAGAUUUCUGAGUACAAUGUUUACACGCACACGAUUCUCAUAUGUGAAAUGUGUAAGCAAGGAAUGGUUGAUAAAGCACAAGAAUUAUUUAAUCGGAUGGAGUCGCUUGGAUGUGUUCCAUCGGUUGUGACCUUCAAUGCGCUUAUAAAUGGACUGUGCAAUGCUCAUAAACUCGAGGAGGCAAGCCUUUUACUUUACAAGAUGGAGAUUGGGAAAAGACCGUCGUUAAUCUUAAGCCUUUUUCAGGGUUCUGGUCAGGUUUUUGAUAGUGCUAGUCUCCAGAAAAAGGUGGAGCAAAUGUGUGAGGCCGGAAAAUUUUUGGAUGCUUACAAAUUUCUCACUCAACUCGCUGAUAGUGGGGUUGUGCCUGACAUUAUUACAUACAACACUCUAAUUAAUGCCUUUUGCGGGGCUUUUAAUAUUAAAGGUGCUUUCAUGCUUUUUGAGGAUCUGCAAAAGAAGGGUCUCUCACCCGAUACUGUUACUUAUGGGACACUUAUUAAUGGGCUAUAUAAAGUUGACCGAGAAAAGGAUGCCUUAAAGAUUUAUGAGCGUAUGCAGAAGGCUGGCUGUGAACCCACCCUUUCACUUUAUAGAGGGCUUAUGACAUGGUUGUGUAGAAAGAGCAAGGUCUCACUGGCGUUCAGUCUUUAUUUGGAAUAUUUGAAGAGCCUUCCUAGUCGGGACAAUGAUUCAAUCAGUGCGCUGGAGGAAUAUUUAGUUGGAGGAAAAUUGGACCAAGUGAUUCGAGGUUUACUUGAACUGGACUUCAGGGCCAGAGAUUUUAAAUUAGCUCCAUAUACAAUUCUACUUAUUGGGUUCUGUCAGGUAGGAAGAGUAUAUGAAGCAUUAAUUAUAUUCUCUGUUCUUGACAAGUUCAAUAUCAAAAUCAAUGCUACAAGUUGUGUACAUUUGAUCAAAGGUCUUUGUAAAGAAGGGAAGCUAGAUGACGCAGUAAAAAUAUUUCUUUACACUCUUGACAGAGGUUUCAUGUUGAGGCCAAUGAUUUGUAAUCAUCUCCUUGUGUUUCUUCUUGUUUCUCGAGAUUAUAAGGAGUGGGCUAUUGAUCUUAUUGGUAGGAUGGAAUCUUUUGGAUACCGUUUAGAUUCAAAUGAAUAUAGCAGGACAGUGUAUCUUAUAGACCAAUACCAAAAACGAAAGAAAAGAAAAAAUUAUCUCAGAAGAGAUUAAGUCACUUUGAUUGAUUCAGAUGAACACGUUUCUUUAUGUGUCUCUUCCUUGAAUAUCCCCAUCUAGGAAACUGGUCGUGAAUCAAGAGGCUCGCUACACUUUGUGAUGAACCAAAGGCGCCCUUUAACCCUUACAAGGAUCAAUUAAGAGGGCUGAUUUUGUCGGGGAAAUUUUUGUGCUCUAUUGUUCUGCAUGAUUGUCAUCACAUCUUAUAGACCAUUCAUUUGAGGUUUUUUAGGGGUGUUUCAGUAUGUUGUAUACUUCAGAAUAUUUCUUUGUCUACACCUCAUAGUCUUGAGCAAAUAUUGGCAAAGAAUACAGAAAGAAGACAGUCAUUUCCCAUACAAACAUUAAGUUGUGGUGAUAUCUCAUAUAGUAUAUUUCGCGGGGUUUUCUAUUCGACGUCAACGUCCUUUUGGCCUUUAAACAUGCAAGGAUCAAAACUUAAUAAAGUUUAGACAUAAUUACAUGUUCACCAUCAAAAUGUCAGGUAUACAUGAAUACUAUCGAAAUGUUAGGUAUACAUGGAUACUAGUUAGCUGCUAUUUAUUGAUGCUGAUUUUUGUUAAUAGAAUCGAAGCCAUGUCUUGUUCAGUGUCUUGAUAUCUUUUUAGUGGCCACUUUCUCCUUUAAUUCCAGAAAUUGGGUCAUUCGCCGCAUGUCAUCUCCUUGACAAACCCAUAGAAGAGUUCUCCAACGCCUCCACUCUGGCAACCAUAAUGACACACCGGCCCUCCCUCAUAAAACAGCAGGUCAGACGAUUUGGUAGAUCCUCACAGGUUGAAUUGAAGGAAAAGAAAGGAAAAAAUAAUUACUUUUAAUACAGGAACUUGGUUCCUAACAAUCUACUGUGCAAGUGUUUAUUUUAAUGUUAGAAUUCUAACCAGAGAAAGUUGGUAAUAAAAUGGCAAAAUUUAUUUGAA